AUGCUUCACCUCGACUUGAUUAGCACCCUCAAAGAUAUCUUUGGGCGAUUUGACCAUGUUAGGCCUUCCCAUGCCAGAGGCGUCUUUGUGGCCGGUUCCUUUACUCCAACAAACGAAGCUAAGCAACUGUCUGCUGCACCUCAUUUCGACUCUCCCUCAACGCCAGUCAUAGCUAGAUUCUCUUUGUUCACCGGAAUCCCAGAUUUACCGUCGAAUACCCCCCAGGCAACUCCUCAUGGUCUUGCUGUUCGAUUCUUGAUAGGAGACGACACGAAAACGGACAUUAUUUGCCAAUCGUCGGUCCUCUUCCCCGGAGCGACUGGGGAAGAGGUUCUCGCAGUCUUCCAAUCCUUCAGGGACAACACUGUUGAGGAAUAUGCCAAAGAUCAUCCGGCGGCCGCUAGUUUCCUACAAGAGGACAGAAAAAUCCCCAAAAACUUUGGUACACAAUCCUUCUACUCUAUCAACGCGUUCAAGUUUGUGAAUGCUUCUGGCAAAAGUGCUUUUAUUCGAUAUCGCUGGAUUCCGCUGUCUGGGAAACAAUAUUUGACGGAGAGCGAGCUGGAAGCAAAAGGACCGAAUUUCCUCUUCGACGAGCUGCCUGGCGUUUUUGCCCAAGGACCGAUUAUCUUCAAGCUGGUAGUUCAGGUGGCGGGAGAUGAUGACGUUACAAAUGAUUGCACCAAGAUCUGGCCCGAGGAUCGUAAACUUGUUGAACUUGGCACCCUCACCUUGAACAAGGUUGCUGGUGAGGAAGAAUUGCCUCCUCAAAAUCAGACUAUCGCCUAUAAUGUCUUUCCUGGAGUUCAGGGCAUCGAGCCCUCGGAUGAUCCGAUUAUAGCUACUCGUUCUGAGGUAUAUCGAAUCAGUAGCCAGAUUCGCCGGGAUGCCAAAGUUUGA